AUGUCAGACAAUAUUCAAGUUGCUAUCAGGCUUCGGCCUCUGAAUGAACGGGAAAUAAAAAGUGGAAAAUCAUUAGCAUGGAAAACGCCAGACCAAAAAACAAUAUUUUAUAUUGAUAAUAAAGCUACUGAUCAGAAAUAUGUUUUUGAUCGAGUAUAUGAUUGUGAAGAAAGCACAUAUGAUAUUUAUGAAGAAACUGUUAAGGACAUUGUUCUGGCUGGCAUUGAUGGAUUCAAUGGAACAAUCUUUGCAUAUGGCCAGACAUCAUCAGGAAAGACAUAUACCAUGUCAGGAACAAAAAAUCAAAUGGGAAUUAUUCCUCUUGCAAUCCAGUCUAUAUUUACAAAGAUAAAUAAUAGUCCAGACAGGGAGUUCCUGCUUAGAGUUUCUUAUAUGGAAAUUUAUAAUGAGAAGAUUACAGAUUUACUGGAUCCUGAAGAGAAAACUCUGAAAAUGUUGGAGGAUGAGAAUCGACAAAUUGUCGUGAGUGGACUUCACGAAGAAGUGUUUCGAUGUGGUGCUGAUGUUAUCAACCUAAAGAAAAAAGGCGAUGCUCGAAGGAGAGUCGCUGAAACUGCCAGGAAUGAAGAAAGUUCUCGAUCUCAUGCAAUAUUUCAAAUAAUCAUUGAAAGUCAAGAAAGACAGUUUAAUGAAGAUGAUUUGGUGGAUGAAUCUGUUCGACUAUCCAGUUUAUAUUUUGUAGAUUUGGCUGGAUCUGAAAAGGCAUCUGAAAAUUCAGGUGAACGUUUUAGAGAGGGUUGUGCCAUCAACAAAAGUCUGAUGACUCUUGGCCAGGUUAUCAGCAAACUCAGUGAUGGAAUCAGUAACCAACAUAUCAACUACAGGGAUUCCAAACUAACUAGACUUCUGCAGAAUGGACUUGGUGGAAACUCUAAGACUGUCAUUAUUUGUACUAUUAACCCAACAAUUAUGGAUGAAACAAAUUCCACUUUAAGAUUUGCAAGUCGAGCAAAGAUCAUCAAAAACAAACCAACAAUCAAUGAAUUGACUGACACAUCAGACAAAGCCAUAUUGAAACGUUACCAAAAGGAAAUUGCAAACUUGCAACAACAACUUGAAGCUUUUAAGAAUCAAACGCCACAAAAGAAUUUCAAUCCAUUUUAUAACAAUAUACACGAACAAGAGAAAGCAGAAUUGGAAACAAAAUAUCAAUCAGUGAUUUCCAAAUUGAAAAGUAUGAUUUGUGUGUCAACCACAAGCCCAAGCAAGAAAAAGAUUGUUCGCCGUGAGACUUGGUGUCCUGGUGUGCUGAAGAGAAAACUUGAACAAGCUGGUCACUUACCAGCAAUUGGAGUUAUUGGUACCCCUUCACAUGUACUAGGAAACAUCCUUGAAGAAACACCAGUUUCAGAAUCUAGUGAAAAUGUUAUCCAGCCUAAGGGACCAGUGAUCUAUGUUAAUUCUGCAUGCCAAACUGUGAAAACGGUUGAGAAUGAUGUCAUCCUGCUGAAACUAGAGAAUGAAAUGCUGCAGAACCAAAUAACUAUGGUAUCAACUGAGCUGACAGAUCUAAAGGCAAGACCAGCAAAGCAGCGUAGAGUAUCCUUUGAAAACCAUGAUGAAACAAAAGAAUUUUUGGAACUGGAAUUAAAAUUUGCCCAAGAAAAGAAUAAUCAUGUCAUUGAGGAAGAAAAAAAAUUGGAAAUGGAACGUCGCAAAUUAAAGGAAGAGCGGAUCAUCCAUGAUGAGGCAAUACGUGCUUUCCAAGCUGAAAAGAAACAUUUAAUGCAGCGUGUAGAAGCAACAGAAAGUGAAAAUUCUUGCCUGCUCAAGAGUCUUGAACACAGCCAGGAACGGGUUAAAAACCUUGAAUAUGAACUCAACUACUUACAGAACCAGUCCUCAAUGACGACUGGUGUUAAACGUUGCUCUAUGGAUCGUCCCUUGUUGAAUUUGAGCAAUAUUACUGACCGUACCAAACGGUCAUCACGUGGAGACUGUGAAGCCCUAAAAGAGCAAGUGUUUAGUCUUCAAUCUGAAGUGCAAAUGCAGGAAACAGAGAUUCAGAAGCUGACCAGAGAUCUUGACAAAUGCAAGGAGCAACUGAAAAAUAAGUUUGAUGAAAUCCGUUUCCUUUCACUGGAGACCACUGAGCAGAAGGAAAAAAUAGAGAUUCUCCAACAGGAGAAUAAAAACCUAAGCCAGAGGGUAGAUGACAAAACCCCUGUCUCAGAACUUCCAGAGGUGAAAGAGUUAAAUGCUCGCCUGUCAGAGAUUUCACAAGAAAAACACUCCUUGCAGCAAAAGUUGAAAUCAAAGUCUGAAGAGAUCACGUAUCUGUCAAGGCAAUCGGCUAUAUACUGUGAACAGAUCGAAUCUAAGAAUGUCUGCUCCUCUGAAAUGAAUAGGAAAGCAUCUGAAGAAGUUGAAGCACUCAAGGCAAAGCUUGCCGCUAUGGAUGCUGAGAAAAGCCAGACAAGUGAAAUGGAGACACAAUUGAAGUCGCUUAUUGAAGAAUAUGGUACUUUGAAGGAAAAAUUGCAAGCAGAAGAAGAAAAAGUGAAAAGUCUUACAUCUGAGUUGGAAUCACAGAAUAAGUCUUUAGAAUACAAGGAAGAAAUUUGCAAGUUCUUAUAUGAGAGUAAUACAAGUAUCAAGACUGAAAUGGAUCAGCUGAAAGACCAAAUUGUUUCACAGAAUAAAACUAUCAACAAUUCCAGUCUGCAGAUAACAGGUAAUAUCUUCAUCAUUGAUUAUUAA